AUGGAGGCCAUCAAGAAGAAGAUGCAGAUGCUGAAGCUGGACAAGGAGAACGCCAUCGACAGGGCGGAGCAGGCUGAGACGGAUAAGAAGGCAGCGGAAGACAAAUCCAAGCAGGUGGGACAAAAAUAUAUGAUGGACUGAGUCAAUUAAGUUUUUUAUGACAGUAUUUUUUGAAUAAAAAGUUAGCAGAUUGAAUAUCAGCACAUAUGUUACCACAUAAAUGUAGAAUCAGAUUUACUUUGUUGUUCCCAAACAGAAAGAUUGAGUCGUCAAAGCAGCUAAGAUAAGAAAACUGAACAAAUGCAUAGAAAUGUAUAUGGUCACAAGAGAUACGAACACUUUACACAAUCGGCAUCUUUAAACCACAGAAAAAGGUCUUAAAAAAUAUAUAAAAGCAUGACACAACUAUUACAUUACACCAAAAUAUUACAUUAAGAGCCAAAGUAAGAGCAAGAAGGGCUAAAAAACAAAUUAAUUUCAACAAACCAUGAUAACAUGAACAAAAUAUCUUAGCCAACUUAAGAUACAAGCUUUCUUCUACUUAACUUUUUAAAAAACUUCUUGGAUAUUUUGUAUUUGAAUGUAUAAAUCAUGGUUCAUAUCAUUAAAUAAAAGUAUUAAACGUAGUGUAUUUUUUUAUUGUGAGUUUCUUCUAUCCCCUAAUAUGACAAAUUUAAUUUGGGCCAAUUAUUUUGACAAAAAAAAAAAAAAAGCAGUCAAAUUUAAUUUAAAAAGACAAGAUUAAUCUACAACCAUAAUACGGAGUAAAUUCCACAUUUAUCUAAUAACUUUACCAAUUUGAUAGACUCCCAUUGUGGACCAAACCCACUGUGCAGAAUGUAGGGUGGCUCGAAAUAAAAUGCCGAAUAUUCCCCAGAGCGCCAAAUGCAGAAUUACAGGAGGCAGCUGAUACUGAGCCCCUGGGCCGUGUCUUCUGGAGGGCAGGAGGAUAAGGAAGAGGCAGCCCACAUGGAUGCAAAAAUGGAAUCACCAAGUGAUGACCACUCAAAUAUUAUCAGUAAUCCCACAGAGAACCUGUGGGAUUACUUGAGACAACCAGAAGUGUUGCUGCGUGAGAUAAACCAGCCCGUACAGCAGCUGCAGCAGAGGAAAACUGCAUUACCCAGCAUCCUUAUCUGAAUUAAUGUCUGUUCAGGAAAAUGUCUGAAACCCUGCAUGUCUGUCUGCACAUCCUUAUUUGGUGUUGCAUUGCAAAAGCUUUCGACAGGGUGAUAUUUUGAGGGCUAACUUAAUGAUAGCAUACUUGUACCUCUUUAUACAAGCAAAGUAGAAUUUGGAAAUGUAACAGGAUAUUUGAGGUUUUCAAAAUGAGGUGAUCAUUACACAGUGGGAGGUGUUAUCGUCAUCAUGGCGGUACGAGAGGAAUGCUAAAGGGUAGGCAGUUUAGGAGGCAUACACAAAGCCAGGAUCUUCAUUAAAGCAAGUGGAAAGAAUCCUCUCUGCGGUGGCUAAUGCUCUAAUGACACCCUCAGAGACUCAAAGGAGUGACAGUUGUCAUUUGGCAAUGCACACAUGGACCCUUCAGCAUGUCUUCCAGAUCAAGAAGCAGUCAGCAUGAAACCCUAGAUGAUUACACAGAGCUCUUUAGUUUGUUUGGGUGGCAGCGAUACAAGCAGAGUGACUUUCUUUGCUAUUCUUGGCACGAUGGCACCAACCUCAGAGCUGACGGAAGACACUGGAAAUACACAAAACUAAUAUUCAAUAUCAACGUACAAAACAGUCAACAGACUCCAGCAGUUAGACAAUAUCCCUGAUUACCCCUCUUUAUCCACUGACUUCAUCAUAGGGAGUUUUCUUUGGAUCUACCCUCCUCAAAAGAAAAAGUUCUGAUGACAUCUUCUGGCAGUAAGAUCUGAAAAUGAUCAAAAGUAAUGGGAACAUUUCUUAAAUAUAAGCCAAGCUACCAGAGAGGCUCAAAGAACAGUUAUGUGAACCGCUUUUCUUUUGAGUUAAACACAUACUUAAUGGAUUGGCAUCAAAUUGUGUUACAACAUUCAUGAGUCCCAGAGGGUGAACCCUUUUCCCUUUGGUGGUUUCUUGAUUUUCCCCCACUUGUCACCACAGUAUUUAUAUUUGUGGUAUUAAGAGAAAUGUCCCAACAGUAAUUAGAAGGAAAGGCAUGAUAAUUGUGGAUAUUAGUGAUUCCCAGAGGAUGGAUCCUGGUCCUUUUAAUGGUUGUCUUAUGAGACCCUUCUUGGUAGACAUGAUCCUGGGGGCAUUUAUGAUUCCCAAAGGAUGUUUAAGGAUUUUUAAUGGAUGAACCCUUUUUUUCUCUUGGUUGUUUCCCAUCGUGCCACCGUGAGCUUCAUGUUUGUGGCAUUAAGAAAAUUGUCUCAACGAGUAUUUAAAGAAUUGGCAUGGAUGAAUUUUAGACAUUCGUAGUUCCCAGGCGGAACAACCCAAUAAUUUCAGUGAUCAACCAAUGUUUUUGUUCUUGUCCCUAGGUUCAUAUUUUACUAUUAUGAGGAGUGUCUUGAAAACUACAGAAUGAAUAGGAAUAGUUUUUUUUGACAUUCUUGGUUCCCAGAGGAUGACACUUAACCUCUAUGGUGGUCUCUUGAUGAUCUCCCUCUUACCACCACAUGGUUCCUAUUUGGCGCAUAAAAAAGAAAUCUCUGGAUGUUUGUUAAUUGGAUUGGCACAAAGUUAUUUUAGACAUUCCUGGUUCCCUGAGGAAGAUAUUUAGUCCAGACUUUCAUGUAUUGUGAUGCCUUUGAUGAACUCUAAUUUGCAGCCAUCAACUGGCUCAAGUUUGUUAAAUGACCUGUUACAAGCUUUAUGCACAAUUUAGCACGUAUUAGCAUGCUAGAUAAAGACUGGAUAUGAAAGGAGAGAAAGGGGCUCGUGGCUAAAAUCUGCAUUCUCAUUAAUGGCCAGCAGGGGCGACUCUGCUGGUAAAAAAAAAUGACAAUGCAUGGGUUUUUAAGAAGAUUAUUUCACUUUUUUCUUGAUAGCACACAUUCACAUAAUUAAUCAAUCAUUUUAAACAUUUUUUUUUUGUAGAGUAUCAUCCCAUAACGUAAAAUCUUUGAUAAGGCCAUGUACGCUAGCUGUGUGCCUCCCUUGUGAUUGACAAACUUAUGACGGCUGUGACUUGGCAAGUAGGAUUCAAACAUAGAAAUCUGAAUCUGUACAAUUACAGUGCCCUCUUUUUCUGGCCUCCAAAAACCAAGAUAGCAAAUCCCAAUAUGCCAAACUCAUGGCUCCAGAAGGUUGUGUGCUAAAAAGUGGCAAUAUUAGUUACAGUCUAAUGCUGACAAAUUUAACUACAAUACAGAGCAAAUCUCACUUAAGUUGGUAUUAAUUGUGCCAUAAAUCUGAGUGCCCCUUUUUAUAGGCCAAGUCUAGUUCAGCGUUGAAAGACUUUUUCUCCGUCUCCAUCCUGACUCUGACACAUGUGCCUUCUUUCAGCUAGAGGACGAGCUGCUGGCUCUGCAGAAGAAACUGAAGGGGACAGAGGACGAGCUCGAUAAGUACUCAGAGGCCCUGAAGGAUGCUCAGGAGAAACUGGAGCUGUCCGAGAAGAAGGCCACAGAUGUGAGUUAACCACAGAGGGUGCCAUCUGAAACACAUUAUUUACAUUACACAGGAACACCACGACUUAGGUUUCAGUCUUGAGUGUGUUAUUGAUUAGCAGGCCUGUGGACGGACUUAACUAGAAAUUACUCCACGGUUGAAGAAGAUAAUUAAUAGGGACACAUACAGGGUUUAUAAACAGAUGUUCUUUUCUAUGAGAUGGUUGAAUUAAGCAGCAUAAAACUAUGUCUGAGUGUGGCUUCUGCUGCUCUCACUUUCUCUUCAAGCCGUGUCUCGACAAGUUUAAUGUAGUUUGGUUGAUUCUAAUGUGGCGAAACAUUGCUGCGGAGUGAUGAACACUGCUGAAUAAAUAUUAGACUCAACGUUUAAUCCAUAAUCAGCAGACAUUAUUUAUCAACAGUAUUUCUAACCAUGGAAACUAAACUUUUCAAGUCUGUCGGUGGUUGUGUUUAAAACAAAGACAUGAACAAUGUCGGUAAACAUCUGUAUUACACCAAAGUUUAGCCAUGAGGUUAAACUCAGAAAUUCUUUUGUGUGUUGAACAUGGACUGGUGCAGUACAACAUUCAUGUCCAAGAGACUUUACACCAAACUUACAAUAACCUGCUCAGCUUCUACUGAUAAACCUCAAGAGAAAGCGACUCACACCCUGAGAUGAUUAAAUUGUUUCUUCUAACAGCUAGACGAGAAUCAAAAUCAAAGAAGUUAUUGGUGUAUUACUGAGGCCUGUAACAGAGUUUUUCUCAAGCAGAGACAAAACUUGGCCGGCCUGUAGCCGACCAGGAAUCCCAGGAAUGCAGCUUAAGCAAACAGAGAACCCCUUACUGCAGUUUCUAAUGAAAUCAAUGCUCAGGCCUUUUUUGGGGAGGUGAUAGUCUCUGCUCUGUCUGGCCUUACAACACAAACCUUAUGUACGACUACAGUGGAUGGCCUUUAACCAGAGCAGCUUACACACACAAUUAUGUCCUACUUAUGUCUGUAUCUUAGUUAUCUGAAAGGACAGGGUCUGAGGUGUGUUAUCUGUUAGCUCCAACAAAAAAAGGGGAAUAUGGAGGAUCCUCCUGACAUGAGACUUUUAUGGCCAGUUUUACAAACACUUGAGAUAAGACAACAAAGACACUUUUAUAGCAGAGUUUUACCUGCGACAUAAUGAAUACUAAUCCUCCUCAAUCAGUGUCUUUUUUGUACUUUAAAGUAAUACCUUAUCAUCAGUGGUGGACAGUUAGAAAGUAAACUUACAGUGAAUUUUUUAUUAUCUUAACUUUGAGGACACUUACGACUUUUGACUCCACUUCAUAAUUCUUCUUCUUACCUGCUACGUUUGUUCUGAAAUUGGCUGAUACUCUCUUUGUUUUGUUCUGCAUGAGGUUUGACUAUGUGAUGUUGCCGUACCUGUACGUCACUCAUGCUUUUAAUUGUAUUAGAGUAAAAUUUGACCAGAAGUAUCUUUACUUUUACUCAGGUAGUGAAGCGGGGUAAUUUGUCCACGACAGGUUGAUAACAGCAAUGACAGGACCAAGAUUUUGUUGAAUAAUCAACUACAACUUACUGACAUUGGAGUUUUCUUUUAGCACUAAAUAUUUUUCUAUAUUAUUUAUCAUCUAUGGUGAUGAUGGCCAAUAAAAUUCCGAGAAAUCAUUAAAAAAAGGAAGCAUCUCCACUUCUUGAUGCAAAUCUUAAAUCUUUUGUCCAACAAAACCAGCAAAUAGAGAUAAAAAAAAUGGAAAAACUUAAAGCCCCUGUGAAGAAGUUUCAGUUUGUGCCAAUUUUGGCAGCCCUGCAGACAAAGCAGUCUAGUAGAGUUUCAUGACUAAAAAUUUUAUCCUGCUGACUUUUGAGUAUCAAAUUUAUCAUUUAUUGUCAGUAUUUGAUGUGGGGAAAAAAACAGGAGCUCUUUCUUCAGCAGCCCAGCUUACACCUACAUGCUCGUACCAGUUAUAACCAUUGAAAGAUACUGAAUAAAAUCUGUAGAUCUAGUCAGGAAUGGUCUUAUUUGAUUUUUUUUUUAUCAUGAGAAGGCCUAAAUAUAAUUUAAAAUGUCCUCACGGGAGCUUUAAAAAGUCUCAUAACCAGUAAAAAGAAGUGCUGCGUGAAAAAUGAUAAAAACAGUAACAUGUUGUCAAAAUAGGUGCCUCUGCUAAAUAAAUAUACAGCAUUAAAUGUAAGCUUUCUGCACAGCUUGUUCUAAUCUUGCAUCAUAGACAGAUAAGAUCCCAGAGGUCAAAGGUCAGACUACAAACGAUCACUGUCACUUAUGUCAUACCAGGGUCCUGCAGAUCUGCCCCUUGUAAACUUGUCCAACCCUCUUACUCCUGCUGAUGUAUUUCACUCAGUUUAUGAGGGAUAUUUUUGAGUAUUAAUGUGACACAGGGACACAUACAGGAAAACAAACCAGUAAGGAGUGAGGAGGAGGAGGCACAAGAGGGCGCUGGAGGAAUGUGUCGCCACCCCAUGGCCACAGGUCAUGCCUGCAAGCAAAUCAAUUUACAUUCCUGCCAAAUGCAGGUCAACAACCCCUGUAGAAGUGUAUUAUUGCUGCCACACCCAAACCCUGGAUCCUCCCUCCUUCCUUUAUAGAUAAAGCCACGUCUGUAGACCCUUGAUUUCCUCACAGUUUACAACUCUUCCUAUUCCUCCUCUACAAAAUCAUGUCAAUCAUAUACCAUGAUUCACAUUAAAUAUGAUUCAUCAGACUGAAUCCGAUGAAUCAGACCCCUACUCGUCCUCUGGUGAUCUCUGCCCCGCUUCCUCCUGAUCACAGCACAAAUAUGCAGCCAAGGCAACACCUUACAUUUGCCAUAUAAGUCCACAAUAGAGCAGCAAGACUCUCCCUCUUUCAGGCUUUUACACACCUCUUUUGUGGAGGAAAAGGAGCAGUGCCUUCCCCUCCUAAAUCCUGUGAUGUCAUCCGAGACCAGGCUUCUUCACAGGAUUGGAGGAUCUCGCCAUAAAUUUCCUGAAAACUCCCAGCCCUUUUUUUCUCCCCAUCCCAACAGUGCACGUCUCUGACUUCCUGCCAGAGAAAAAAAAAGUCUUUUCCUCGGAGCUAGAAACUUCAAAUCAAUAACUUUUAAGGGUCCGGACAGUCAAUCCAGACGGCUACUUUUCUUCUUCCGCCUUCUUUGCGUUUGAGCAGACAAAUUAAUCGGGAUAAUGGAGGUAGUGAAGAAGAAAAUCCAGGCCCUACAGCAACAAGUUGACGAUGCGGAGGAUCGUGCACUGGAAGUACAAAGGGAGUUGGACACUGAACGGGAACUACGCGAAAAAGUGAGAAAACGUAACAUUUGUACAACUUUAGUCGCAUUUUUGUUCUGGUUUUUAUUCUCUCUUGACUGUGGAGCAUCUCUAUUGAGAGUUUGGUAACUACUUUAACCGUUCAGUCACCGCAGGUAGCGCUUAUCAUCCUAUCAUACCGCUUCUUUGAGAUUUUGAAACUUUCCAACCGUAUUCCAUAAGCAAAUUUGUUGAUUUAACUUUGUAUGGCGACAGUAAAGGUUGUUUUGGAGGCUUGUGAGACAUGGAGGCAACGUUGCAGUGACAUUCCUUCGCUGACUUUUGUUCGGCUGGGUUAUCUAACUCAAACCCGCCCUAAAUCUUCUCAAACAUGAAGAAAUGCAGCGAGCGCCCUGACUUUUACAUUAACUGUCAGCCUGGUUGUGAAAUAAUAAAAAGUGGCAGGUUUUCAGCUUGGAUUUAUCUAAUAUACGUUAAAACAUGUGGCUUGUUCCUUAAAUUUUAUUUUUCUACCCGCGUUUUAAGCCUUUCAGUCAAACAUUUGGCUCUUCAGUAUGGAAACUUGUACAUUUAUUCUCCAACUCCUCCUUUUUUUUAAGGCUCUACACAGGAAGAAGAGAGCAGACAUGGUUAUCUGUCAUAUCAGUCCCACAGGAAACAGGCCCAGAACUAGUAAUCUGUUGUCCCACAAACAUACAUGAGUUUCUACAGCAGUUCCAACAACAGGGCUGUAAAACUUGAGAUGAAUCAGGGUUAAAACUACCACUGUGUGAGCCUACAUCAGCAGUUUUCAGCAGCUGUACACUGUCAAGCGUCAAAGUCCAGGGCUCAUCAUGGUUGUUGGGUAUGAAACUAAUUACUUGAAACUGAUCUGACCUGUGUGACCAAAGAAGGGAUAUAAAGAGGCCGGUAAAGUAUACGUGGGUGGAUUCUAGGUCAUGAAAAGCUUUAAUGAAAAGAAAAUCAAACAGAACAUAAUAAUUAGGUCAUUUGAGUACAUAAUUAGCAUACGUUAGAUGGUUAAAUGUGUUAAAAAGGACUUAUUGGAAAGGAGAAACUAAGAAAAUGAUACAAAUAGCGUUUUUCAGUUACAAAAGAGCACAAUUAAACAACCAAGUUAAGAAAGUUAGUAGUUUACCUAAGAAAAAAAGUAAAACAGUAGAUUAUACUGAGUCGCACUAAUAAUCAGGCAUAUUAGAGUAACUGGUUUGAUGACAAACAAGUGGUCAAAUUGCAGCUUGAGUCAUCAUCAACAGUAUCCUUCCUCCCAUGGCUGCAGCGUGUUUCCUGGCUGACCUCUGACCUCUCUCCCUUCCUCUCUGUGUGGCUGUAGGCGGAGGGCGAUGUGGCAUCCCUGAACCGCAGGAUCCAGCUGGUGGAGGAGGAGCUGGACCGCGCUCAGGAGAGACUGGCCACAGCUCUGCAGAAGCUGGAGGAGGCUGAGAAGGCUGCAGAUGAGAGUGAGAGGUGAGAAUCAACGCAGGGCUCAGUCAUUAAGUAUCAGCCAUAGAUAUUACUCAUUAUGGGCUGUAUAUAAUGCUAAUUAUCCUUCAAGACACACCUUAAUCGAAGGCAAUUUUCACAGAUAAGAUAUACUGCUGUAACCAUGCAAAUUAGAGAACCAGGUCAAUGCAGCGAGGACAGCAAAAAGUGACAUACAUCUUUAGAUUCAGGGAGGCAAGGAAUUAAGAGAUGCUGGGUUGUUAGGGUCUGGUGGAAGGGAGAAAACGACCUAGAAAACAGAAAAUGAGAUGAAACAUAUCAAGUUGAGGAGGGAAAUUUGGCUUUUAACUUGUGACAGCAAGUCUUAAAUCAAAAUAAAAAGACUUGAUGAAGAUAUGAGAAUGAUAUAAAGUGAGUGUAAAAGUAAAAAAAGUCAAAAGUUUGAUUAAAAAUGGAUCAAAUUUAGAUUUGGACAUAAGUAUGUGAUAUUUUUCCCUCAAAAUUUCCAUGGCCAGCUAAAGCAUCACAUCACCAUCUAGAAAGAGAAGGGUGAGGCUAAACUGUCUGGCCUUAUAACACAUGAUGCUGUUUGUAAAUUUCCCAGCACUUUUGGAGUUCUGUAAAUAAUUUAGAAAGGUUACACACCAUGGGCCACUCAUUUUAUCAGCUUGUUCAGUUUUUAUAGAUACUGACAGUAAGAAAUGCUCAGAGGGGGUCCUGGCUGAACUGUGAUCCCUCAGUGGUCUUGAAUCAAGCUUAAAGCUGUCUUUGUGAUCCUCAGAGGCAUGAAGGUGAUUGAGAACAGAGCCAUGAAAGAUGAGGAGAAGAUGGAGAUCCAGGAGAUGCAGCUCAAAGAAGCCAAACACAUCGCUGAGGAGGCGGACCGCAAGUACGAGGAGGUAUGUACACCGGAGAGAUCAUGUCUCAGCUAACUUAGAGUAUUAUAUAUAUAUUCUUAUCUGUGUUUUUUAUCUCUCUCUUGUCAGGUUGCUCGUAAACUGGUGAUCCUGGAGGGUGAGCUGGAGAGAGCAGAAGAGAGGGCAGAGAUUUCAGAGCUGUAAGUGAAAUUGGCUAAAGAUGUCCACUUUUCACCCAGAUACCUGUUACAAACACAUCAGAAAAUUAAAAUGUGUUACCCUUUUCAUACAGUAAGUGUGGUGACCUGGAGGAAGAGCUGAAGAAUGUCACCAACAACCUAAAGUCACUAGAGGCUCAGUCUGACAAGGUGAGGGGUGAUGACCAAUUUCAUUCCUUCAAAAGUUCUGGGAUCAAACACUUUGAGCCUCUUUAUUGUAUAGUUUUCAUUAAAAAAUUUGUCUUUCACUAUGUUUUUGUAGUACUCUGAGAAAGAAGACAAAUACGAGGAGGAGAUCAAAAUCCUGAAUGACAGACUUAAGGAGGUAAGUUUCUGUCUGCUUGAUCUAUAUUCUCUGACUGGUGUUUUGAAUGGACCAUAAUUAUGAUUUUUGUCUUGAUUUAAGGCUGAAACCCGUGCAGAGUUUGCAGAAAGAUCAGUGGCCAAGCUGGAAAAGACCAUAGAUGAUCUAGAAGGUACGCUGCCUUUGAAUCUUUCUUUGCUUUACAGACUUCAAAUCUUUACAAAGAUUUCAUUUCUUACUCUAAAACUUUUAUCUUAUUUCUCUUUUCCAUCCUUGCUCUACGUUUCCCUCUGAACCUCCUCCACCUGUUUUGCCUCUCUCUGACCUUUGCCCUCCAGACGAACUGUACACUCAGAAGCUGAAAUACAAGGCUAUCAGCGAGGAGCUGGAUCAUGCCCUCAAUGAUAUGAACACCUUGUAAACCUUACAUUGAGCUAAUUUUCACUUUCUCUGUGUCACCUCUUGCCUGAUCAGAAGCACUUUGUCUCUCCUUUUGCUUUGAUUCUCUUUGCAUUAGUUCAAUAAAGAUAUUUUCCCUCUUUUACCCUGUUCUCUUCUCUUCUUUUUGACCUCUCCACUCUGAAAUGAACCACAUUUUUAUCAGCACAACCAUUACACUCUCGUGAUGAAUAUUAUGUUCACUUACACAGCCAGCUUUAUUGAUCUUCUAUCUUAUCUGUUGUUGUUUUUCAUUGCAGAGAACCUAUCAAAAGCAAAAGAGGAAAACUUAGGAAUGCACCAAGUCCUGGACCAAACACUGCAGGAGCUGGGUAGCUUGUAA